UAUUAUAAGAAUUUGUCGUUGAUGGGAGAAGAGUUAAAGAAACGGAAAAAUCAAGUCUCGCGUCACCGACAUAGAUACGAAAGACCAAAUACACCAGAAGGUUUUUGGGAUUUAGAAUUUCCUGAAACAUCAUCCACUUACCGGCAAAAAUUAAAUUGAGACAUAAUCAAUUACAAACAAAUAUAAAGUCAAUAUGAACAGACGACCUAAGAGGGAAAAUAUAAAAAAACCUUUGCGUUAUGAAACUACUGAAUCUUCUGAUAAUGAAGGGGAAUCAGCUAAACGAUAUAAAGAGCAAAACAAGACUUCUGUUACCGAUGAGAUCAGAGAUAUUCGAAAGAAUUUAUCACAAUAUGAGAAUGAAGAAUUGGCUAAACAGAAAGCAAUUAACAGUGCAUCCAAAUGUUAUUCUGCAUCUCAGAAUGACAAAUCACUUCACUUGCCGUCACGUAUAGAUGAUUCAUGUGUACAUGGUUCUCAACCAAUCAUUGCAUCUCAAUUGGCAUUAAAUUCUCAGCCUUUUGCCAAUACAACUCCGAUAUCUCAUAAUCAAUUUCCAGCAACGUCUGUAACAAAUUCACCUAUCGUAUCUCAAUCUUCAUUUUGUACGAUAUCUAAGCCUUCAUGUUCUUCAACAAUUAACCAUCCAACAUUUGCAAAUUCUCAAACAUUAUCAGAAUCCCAGACUUCUUUUCCAUUAACUUCAAUGAAUGAUACUGAACAAAUACGUAAUAAAAAAUACGAUUAUGAAAUGAAUAAUAAUACACACACAGAGUGCCCUAUCGAAAAUAUAGAAAUACCUUGUCAAAAUGCGACUAAACAUCUCUCAUCAUACGAAUAUUUGCCAGUAUCAUCAGCAUCUCAUAUUCCACCAACAAUUUCGAUGACAAAUAAUAUGGUUUAUUAUACACCACAUCAUAAUAGAGAAUCAACACAUAAUCAGAAAAUGGGACAUCUUGAAAAUACAAUUGAAUCGUCUUCAGUAAUAAGUCCUGAAUCUUAUACAUCACCUUCACCUCAAUCUUGUUCAUCUUCAUUGUCACGUGAUUCCGAGACUCCAUCAUUGACUUUACUGUCAGCUCCAGUACUUCAUAAUAAUGUUACUUAUAAUACACAACCUAAUACACUUACUUCUAAUCACGAACAUCCUAAUCCCACCAUAACGUAUCAUCAAAAUACUCCGCAGGAAAAUACUAAUAUUAUAAAUGAAAUUAAAAUGCAAGUGAUGGAAUGUGUGAGAAACGUAAUGACAGAAUUCAGAACGAAAAAUCAAUGCUUACAUAGAGAAAAAAUAAAUAGAAGACCUGUGAAACCAAAAAUAAUCCCGUUUCACACUGUUGAAGCAGUAUUAGAGUUUAAUCAGUCAGACGACACAAUAUAUACCGAAAUGGUGGAAUACCUUACAUCCAUUGGAGGACGAAAUCCAAAAGAAAUAAUACAUUUGGCGUUUAAAGAGAUUUUUAUUACAAAUGUAGCCUUAUCAUUUACAUGGACAGGCAAAGAUAAUAAUAACCGCUCUACAAUGGAAAAGUUAUCGAAUCAACGAAUAAUUGAUGCUUUAUAUGAUGCUACUUCCGUACAUUCAAAAUUAACAACGGCUGAGUUUAAAUAUUAUGUAUCGGAAGCAUUACGCUCAGCUAAACAACGAUACCGACAUCAACAGCGUAUGGAUCGAAGAAAUUAAAAUAAGACGAAUAGCGAAGAAGAUCUCCGUCAAGUAAAUUUUUAUUAUAAGUUGAAGAUUUUCGUUUAAAGUUUAAAUGUUGGAAAAAAUCUUAUUUUAUCUACUAUAAACUUCAUAUUGUGAUAAAAAAAAGCAAUGAAUAGAGUUAGUAGAACGUGAGUUUUUUUAUUUUAUUUUAUUUUUUAUUAUCACAUUUAUUUUAUUAUCACAUUACUCUUACGCAAAGUUUUAUAAAGAAAAGUGAAUUCAUGCAAUUGUAAAAAGAAAAGUGAAUUCAUGCAUAUUGUAAAAAAAAUUAUAUGUACUUGGCGUCGCGACGCUCCCGCGUCGCUUGAUUAAUAAAACGCUAGAAUUUAUAUAUACA